UCAAAAAAGAAAAUAAAUCCAAAGUUCAAACAUAUGUCGCGGAAGCAAAGCAAGAAAAUUAAGGAGCCAAAUCCAUCAUUAGUCAUUCAUUCCCGUGUACCAUUUGUUUGUAGAUAAAUCGAAUGAGGUACGUCCUUCAAGUCCCAGAAACAAAAUCACCAACGAACGCUAAGUAAUAGUAUAAAAUAGCAUUUUUGGUCUCCAGUCAUCAUCAAUCGUCAACCUUUUUAGAUCCAAAUUGAACCAGAAAUCAACUACCCAACUUCUUUUUUUCUCUUCUUUUGACCUCACGGAACUUACUGGAUUGUUUUUUGAUUGAAAGGUUUUAUUUUUUCUCGUCUUGAAUCAUAUAGUGUAGUGGGUUUUGGAGUAUGGAUUGCCCGGUUUGUUAAGUUAGUUUUGUUACUAGACCCAUGUCUGCAAAUUCGGUUCAACUUAUGGUUUGUAUUUGGUCAGCAAUAUCUUGGAGAUAAAAAGAAGAGAGAAAAUGAGGAUGAGGAACAAAUACAGGAAAUCAACUACUUUCAAUUGCAAUGCAGGAAGCAGAUGUUCUGUGUCUGCUGUGGUGUGCAGCCUGGUCGGAUUUCUACUUUUCCUUAACUUAUACACCCUCGUUAGCCACAAUGGUGGAAAGGGUGGAGAGAUUCAAUUUCGUGAAAGCCAUCACCCUCUCAUUCGUGAACUUGAAGAGGUGGAGGAGGAGAACAUCCAAAUUCCCCCACCAAAGGGUAAAAGAUCUCCACGCGCUGCAAAACGAAGACCUAAGAGGACAAGCACACUGAUUGAUGAAUUUCUUGAUGAGAAUUCACAGCUUAGGCGCACAUUCUUUCCUGAUAUGAAAAAGGCUAUAAAUCCAACUAGCGAUGCUGAGAACGGUAGUCACUAUUAUUAUCCUGGGAGAAUUUGGUUGGAUACUGAAGGAAAUCCCAUUCAAGCUCACGGAGGAGGUGUUCUAUAUGACGAGAGAUCAAAGAACUACUAUUGGUAUGGAGAGUAUAAAGAUGGACCUACUUACCAUGCACAUAAAAAAGGAGCAGCACGGGUUGACAUCAUAGGAGUUGGUUGUUAUUCCUCCAGAGACCUCUGGACAUGGAAAAAUGAGGGGAUCGUAUUGGCAGGAGAAGAGACAAAUGAAACUCAUGACCUCUAUAAAUCUAAUGUGCUUGAGAGACCAAAAGUGAUCUACAAUGAUAAGACAGGACAGUAUGUUAUGUGGAUGCAUAUUGACGAUGUCAACUAUACCAAAGCUGCUGUUGGUAUAGCCGUUAGUGAUUUCCCAACUGGUCCUUUCGAGUACCUCCGCAGCAAACGGCCACAUGGAUUUGAUAGCAGAGAUAUGACAAUCUUCAAAGAUGAUGACGGUGUGGCAUAUCUUAUAUAUUCAUCCGAGGACAAUAGUGAGCUUCACAUUGGACCACUUACAGACGAUUAUCUUGAUGUCACACAUGUUAUGAGAAGAAUUCUUAUUGGACAACACCGGGAAGCACCGGCCCUAUUUAAGCAUCAGGGAACUUACUACAUGAUCACAUCAGGGUGCACUGGCUGGGCACCAAAUGAAGCCCUAGUCCAUGCAGCUGAAUCAAUCAUGGGGCCAUGGGAAACUAUGGGAAACCCAUGCAUUGGAGGGAACAAAAUGUUUCGUCUUGCAACUUUUUUCGCACAAAGCACAUUUGUAAUUCCUUUGACUGGGCUUCCAGGUUCCUUUAUUUUUAUGGCAGAUCGGUGGAAUCCUGCCGACUUGAGGGAUUCAAGAUAUGUAUGGUUACCUUUGAUAGUUGGGGGACCUGCCGAUCGGCCACUCGAGUUUAAUUUUGGAUUCCCAAUAUGGUCAAGGGUAUCAAUUUACUGGCAUAGGAAGUGGAGAAUUCCUUCUGUGGGAAGAUGGUAGAUAUGAAAGGUUUAUUCAUUAUUUAGUGUAAUAUGUAAGAAUGUUCUUCGCUUAUUCUUUCACUGGUUUAUUGUGAUUGCCUCUGUAAUUGCAGGAGUUGCUACUUGUAGUCAUUAAUUCGUGUUCA